AUUGGUUGUCAAUUAAUAUUUGUUACAUUUUUAAGAUGGAAGGUGGUAGAUAUUCGGUUGAUUUGGGUAACCUCCAACACAAUCGAAGGAACGAGAUUGGGAGGAAGAAAUCCCGCAAAGGUAAAGAACUUGCCGGUUCUUCAUCUCAAAGCCGAGAUGAUUUUGAAACGGGUUACCAAAGGCGAGAUGGAGAUGCGAUGUCCGAAGAACAACUCCAACAAGAAUUGGCCCGACAUAAUAACCGCUUUCUACAACAACAACAAAUGCCGACGACCAUUGACGAAGAGGAGCUUGAGGAUGAAGAUGCGGAGGAAUUGGAACCGGAGGCGGCCGAGGAGGAGGGUGCCGGCAGCCACGACGCCGACGAGCCUGCCUCAUCCCAAACCGCCACCGGUAAUAAAAAAAGUAAGUCUGAACUAAUGAAAAAUAAUUUUGAUAAAUGGAAGGACCCACAAACCGGCUAUUGGCACGCAACUUGCAAGUGGUGCAACAACAAUUAUAGUUUGGGAACCUCCGGCGGAUACGGAUCCGCCGCAAGGCAUCUUAAGGCAAAGCACCUCGUGGAGUAUGCAAAAUUAGGCGGCGGAACGGGGAAGCAAACUCAAAUAUCGAGGUUUGCGAAUUCUCAACCUUUUGGUAAUUUCUCCUACAAUGAUGCACAAAAUUUGACUGGUAUGGCUAACUUAAUUUGUGAAGAAAAUUUGCCUUAUUUGUUUUCUGAAAGUCUUGCUUUAAGAGAUUAUGCACAAGGUAGUUUAAAUCCUCAAUUUAGAAAUUAUAGUCGCAAAACUGUUAAGAAAGAAAUAAUAAGGCUUUAUAAUGCGGAAAAGGUAAGAUUACAAAAUUUUUUUGCAAACUUUGAUGGGCGUGUUACUAUUUGUUCUGACAUAUGGGAGGAUGAUUUUCAUCAUUUAUAUUAUUUGGGUCUGACUGCACAUUAUAUUGACGAGGAUUGGAAUAUGCAUAAACGUGUUCUUGCUUUUCGUGAAUUUAAUGAUCGUCACACCGCUGAACAUAUUUAUAUUUUGAUUGAGCGUAUUUUAAUUGAGUAUAAUUUGAUUGAUAAGGUGUUUGCUAUUGGUUUCGAUAAUGCUACUAAUAAUACUGCUGCUAUACCUAGAUUGCGUGAGUUGUGUGGUGCCAAUUCUUUGAUGGGUAGAUUUUUUCAUCAACGUUGUGCAUGUCAUGUUAUAAAUUUAUGUGUGCAAGACGGUUUAAAAGCGUUAGGAGAUUCCAUGGAGGUAAUCAAGGGGGGGAUUAGACGUAUUUGGGGUAAUGGUCAACUUAGAUUAAAAUGGCAAACUUAUUUGACUGAAAGAGGUGUGAGAUAUGUUGCUUUUCCUAAAGAUUUGAGUAUUCGUUGGAAUAGUACUUAUAAAUUACUUAAAGUUGUUCUUAGAUAUAAAGAACAUUUUCCUGCUUUUUUAAAAGAACAUGAUAACUCCGUUUUCGUUCAUUAUUUUUGUGAUCAUAUGAAGGAAAAGUUUUUAAAAUAUUAUGCGCAUAUUCCCCAUAUUUAUGGUAUUGCAUUUAUUCUCGAUCCUCGUUAUAGACUUGCUAAUUUGGAAGAUUGUUUCAACUUCUAUUAUCUUGCCUUUUUCGGUGAAUUUCCAAUGUAUGACGAUAACCCCAUAGAUCCGAAAACGGAAUACAACGAGGUUAGUACUUUAUUUUAUGCCUUAUUUAAUGAGUUUCGUGCACAAUAUAGCAACGCUCCCCCUCCCCCGUCACGAACAUCUUCAUCUAAAGGAAAAUCGAUUUUUAAAUCUGCAUUUGGCAAUCUUAUGAAAAAAAACUAAAACAACUCACGUCACUGAACAAAGCGCAUUGAAUGAGAUUACUUUGUAUUUAACAUAUGAAGUUGAUUUUGAAGAAAAUGAUGACUUUGACGUUCUAGACUGGUGGAAGUCAAAAGAAAGAACGUUCCCGAUUUUAGCACGGAUGGCUAAGCAAGUACUAUCAAUGCCGGUUUCAACAGUUGCUGUGGAACAAGAAUUUAGUUCGGCCGGCAACGUCCUAACGGCAUCUAGAUCGAGAUUGAGCGCGGAGUCUCUUGAGACGCUUAUAUGCUACCACGAUUGGUUGAAGGCCGCACGUAGAACUCAAGAAUUGAGCAUCACCCCCUCCCAAGAUUUUAUGGAUGACUCAACAACCGAUGGUGGCUCUACCUAUGCCGGAGAUUCCGAUUGAUUAGUAUUUUAGAAUUUAUUAUAAAAUGUAUUUUAUAGCACUUGUCAAAUUUAUUUAUACUUGUACUUCAUAUUUCAAA